CUAUCUUAGUAUAUUUUUUCUUCUGGGUUCAGAUCCAAAAGAAUCUAGCUUACUGGACUGGACUGCGCCUUAAAUGGGCGAACAUGGGCCGAUCUUCACGAGUGUUGCCGCUGUUGCGCUGUCAUGUGGGCAAACGUGGUUCGAGCUUCAUGAGGGCCAUUUCUAAUGCAAGGCCAAGAAGUUAGAAAUGUACAAAUCGCUUGAUCUAGCAUUUUCAGGUUGUGAAUUAUCCUAUUUUGCCAUGGACUGUUUCUCUUGGGUUUGUAUGCCACCAGAAGCGAGUUGAUGCUGUGUUUCCCCUGCUCCGAUGGACGGAAAUGCCUGAGGGAACAAUGGGUGCAGCGGUUCCCCUUCACCGAAUCAACACCAUUCUCUGUCUCCUCCGACGGUGCACCACCUUCCAAACCCUUCAGAAAAUCCACGCCCAAGUCUUCUUGAAUGGCUACCAACAGAACAUAUCCAUAGCCACCAUGCUGGUCAACCUCUAUGCUCUCUCUGUCUUCGGCAACCUUCAGUUGGCUUGCUUGAUUCUGCAGCAGCUCCGCAAGCCGAGCAUCCACAUCUGGAAUUCCAUUAUCAGGGCCUUCUCCCAGAGCUCAUCCCUCCCUUUGGAAGCAGUCUUUAAUUACAACAGAAUGGUGUCAGCCUCUUUCUCCCCCGAUAAGUACACCUUCUCCUUCGUGCUCAAGGCCUGCACUAGAGCUGGCCUGGUGCAGAAGUGCAAGGAGGUCCAUGCAUCGAUUAUGAAACGCGGGUUCUCCGCGGACGUCAUCGUGCAGACGAAUAUGCUCCGUGCUUAUGCAGGAAAUUCUUUAAUACAGUGUUGCCGCCAACUGUUCGACGAAAUGCCUCGGAGAGACGUCGUUUGCUGGAAUGCCAUGCUGGCUUGCUAUUCACAGGCUGGGCUUCACGAGGAAACAUUGCAGACUUACGCAGAGAUGCUGGAUGCUGGAGUUGCUAUCGACGAAUUCACACUAGUCAGCUUGCUUUCUUCAUGUGCCCAUGUUGGUGCUUUGGAGCUUGGUGAGCAGAUUGAUUGGUUUGCUCGAAAAAAUGGGUUUCUUGAUAACAUUUAUGUUGGCAAUGCCUUGAUCGAUAUGUACGCAAAAUGCGGGCGCAUUGCAGGAGCUAGCCAUGUUUUUGAAGGCAUGCAGCACCGGGAUGCCUAUACAUGGAAUACACUGAUUGUUGGUUUGGGUACCCAUGGCUGUGGUGACAAGGCGAUUGCAGUUUUUCAGCAGAUGCGUGCUGCUGGAUUCGAACCUAAUUCCAUUACCUUCCUUGGGGUGUUUUGUGGAUGCAGCCACCAAGGUCUAGUUAAGGAAGGGGAAGAGUACUUCAUGAGAAUGAGCAGUGAAUUUUGUUUGCAGCCUGAUAUUAAGCAUUAUGGGUGUAUGGUGGAUCUCUAUGGCCGUGCAGGCGAACUUCAAAAGGCAUUUGAGAUGGCUCAAGAGAUCCCAGCUGGUGCUGGUGCUAAUGCUGAUGCAAUAAUAUGGCGGACUCUGCUUGGUGCCUGCAGGAUUCACAAAAAUUUGAAAUAUGGUGAAAUCGCAAUGCAGAAUCUAAUGCAAUUUGGUGAACAUAAUGCAGGGGACUGUGUUCUUCUUGCUGGAAUCUAUGCUGAUAAUGGUAAUACCCAGGGAAUGGCUAAGAUGAGGAAGAUGGUUAAAGACCAGGGGAUUAGAACAAAACCUGGAUGGAGUUGGAUAGAAGCUGAUGGUGGUGUUCACAAGUUUGUUGUAGGGGAUCAUUCACACCCAAGUUCGAAGGAGAUUCAUGAGAAAGCAAGAGAGAUCAUGUGCAGAAUAGGAUAUAGUGAACAAUCUUCUGGGCCAAUGUUUACGGUGUACUCGGAAGAAGACUGCAUUGAGAACUUGGGCAAUUAUCAUCACAGUGAGAUGUUAGCCAUUGCUUUUGGUUUGUUAAGGACACCAGAUGGUGCGACGCUUCGGAUAGUAAAAAAUUUGAGGGUCUGCAGGGACUGUCAUGCUAAGACCAAACUAAUCUCAAGGGUUUUCAACAGAGAAAUAACAGUUAGGGACAGGGUCAGAUUUCAUCAUUUUAAAAAUGGACUUUGUUCCUGUAAUGAUUAUUGGUAAAACGCUUACAGAUUUUGUAUGUAAAAUUGUUACUUGUUA